AUGGUUGCGCAUAGAGAUGGUGAUCAUGGAACAUACCUUGAAAGCCGUGAUCUUAAAUACAGUUCCAAGUCGAUGGAUGAUAAUACUGCUUUAUGGGAUAAAACAGAGGAGAGCGAACCGGAAGGCAUAGAGUCGACGCAGUCAAGCAGGACGACAGAUGCGACCGUUGCCAGCAUCUCUUUCGUAGUUUCCGCCGACCGCCCGACAACUAAGGGAAAGGUAGCGAAGCUGGUGCGCAGGAGCGCACUUACGUUUUCCCUCGAGUCAAAGGGUAGGGAUCUUCCCACGGGUUUUGAUUUCAAAAAUGGGAAUCUUGGAUUCUAUAUUGGAUUCUAUAUAUAA